AUAUUACAACGCCAGUAAGCCGGCGCCCGGCCGUUUUUGUGUGAAGCCUUACUCGACGGGUUCCGACCAGUCUAGCCUUAAUCCCACUCACUGUUUCAGUCACUCCUUUCCGUCUUUGCAUUUGUUCCCAGAGAACCAAAACACCUGAAAAACUGGUCUUCCUGUAGAGCUGUACGUUGCUUUUCUCUGUAAUUAACUCCUUCAAUUCAAUCACAUUUCCAAAGUUCCAACUCUCUAUUCUUAAACCUUCCUACUCCCUUCCUCUUCCCCUUCAACAACACAAUUCUCUUAAAAAAAAGAACGUAGAAAUUUAAGACCAGACAAGUUUCUCUGUUUUGUUCUGUUCCUUUCGUUUAAGAAUUGGGUUUUGAAUUGAGUUUCUGUUCAGUAAGGAAAAAAUGUGUUCUGUCUUAUCGAUGGUGAAAAUGGUCUCUUUUCUGCUUUUCGGUUUUUUGGCGUUGAAUUGUUUCAUUGGGUUUGGAUCAAACGUGCAACUGUUGCCGGAGCAGAAGCAUUAAUUUGAAGCCAUGUGCCAUUUGCUGUGUAUAGCUCUGACAGUCCAAACUCUUCAAACAGUAUUCAGCAAAUUGCAGCACAACAGAGGGACUGUUAGUCGAACAUCUUGCACUGAUGGUGGAUGGAAUUAUGUCACUCUUAAUAGUGAUACGAUUGAUAUCUUAAGCAACAUUACAUGUGAUUGUUCCCAUGGAAACAACACUAUAUAUCAUGUCACCAACAUGCACCUCAAGGGUCUCAAUUUAACUGGAAGUCUGCCAUCUGAAUUUGAAAAUCUUACUCAUCUGACAGAACUUGAUCUGACUCGCAACUAUCUUAAUGGAGGAUUUGGGCCUGUCUACAAGGGUGUACUGUCAGAUGGUGUGGUGAUUGCAGUCAAACAGCUAUCCUCUAAAUCAAAGCAAGGGAACCGAGAGUUUUUGAAUGAGAUUGUAAUGAUUUCUGCAUUACAACACCCAAAUCUUGUGAAUCUUUAUGGCUGUUGUACUGAAGGGAAUCAGCUGUUGCUAGUAUAUGAAUACAUGGAAAACAAUAGCCUUGCUCGGGCACUUUUCGGUUGUGAAGAACACCGUCUUAAAUUGGAUUGGCCAACAAGGAUGAAAAUAUGCUUGGGAAUAGCUAUAGGUUUAACUUAUCUUCAUGAAGAGUCGAGAUUGAAAAUUGUUCAUAGAGAUAUAAAGGCAACAAAUGUCCUGCUUGAUAGGGCUCUAAAUGCCAAGAUAUCUGACUUUGGAUUAGCCAAGCUCGAUGAAGAAGAGAAUACCCAUAUCAGCACAAGGAUAACGGAACAAUUGGGAAGAGCAACACAAGUUACCUGCCGAAGGAGAACUUUUGUUUAUCUUCUUGAUUGGGCCUAUGUCCUGCAAGAGCACGGAAAUCUUCUGGAGCUUGUGGAUCCAAACCUUCGUUCAGAUUACUCAACCAAAGAAGCAUUGAGGCUGCUAAAUCUAGCUCUCUUGUGCACCAACCCAUCUCCCACACUUAGGCCAUCCAUGUCUUCUGUAGUGAGCAUGAUUGAAGGCAAGACUGCUGUCCAGGCCCCAACAGUCAUGCGCAGCAACAUGAGCCCAGACUCACAGCUGAGAUUUAGGCUUCAGAUCGUCCAGUUUAAAUGACUAGACAACAUUUUUCAUCCAGUAUGAUGCACUUCUGUUUAAGACGAAGAUAUAAUGUAUAUCAAACCUAGAUAUUUCAAUGUAUCAUUUGGCCACCACUUUUGUCUGUCAAGUAGCACCAUAUACGUUAUCCCUGUAGUGGAGAGAAAGUAGCAAGUGGACAUUAAUAAACUUUUAAGGGGAAA